AUGUCAGUGUCCGUGUCCAGUCUUCCAGUGGUGAAGGACAAGAGUAUUCAUCCCAGCCCGCCGGGAACUCAUUACAUGGAUCUCUUCGCGGGGACCCACAACCUCCUCCAUCCGCUGAAGUCUCUCGGCCGUCUGGUCACAGACACCCAAGCGGUCAUGCCUUUCAACUUCGCAGGCGGAACAUCUCCUUUCAUUGGCCAUGGUGGACAUCAAGCCACUGUGCUCCACGAACAAAUCUUCAAUGUGUCCAGUAUUCCGUACAGGAUGCUGCCCGGACAUACUAUUUACUCCAGGCACGAUGAGCAUGCUACCGGGCCACUAUCGGACUUCAGCAGUCCCUCGAGUGAGAGAUCUUCCGCCCCCUCGGCCACGCCGCCCAAGGAAAGUGUAUUCCGCCUUCGGGAUACUAACUUAUCACCGGAGAAAAUACGCACUUACUGUUUUAGCGAGGACGAUCUAUUCACAGUUCUCUAUGGUUACUCCAGAAACCAGGAGCACCACCCGAUCUCAGGUGUCGCACUGCCAGGAAAAUCAGUUUCUCUCAUUGGGAUACUGAUGUGCAGGAACUUCCUGAAGGGUUUGACCAUCCUCCAGACCACUUGUGGAAAUGCAUCCCAUUAUGGGGUGUUCUCAAACAAAGGCUCCAUUCCUAAAGGGACUCGCUAUGGGCCCUUCCAAGGCAAACUGGUCAAUACGAGUGAGAUCAAAACACACGAUGACAACACGCUGAUGUGGGAGGGUAAGUUACUUAUACUCUCCACCGUGUUUGAGAAUGGCCGUUUGAGUCACUUUGUGGACGGCCGGGGUAGCUCUGGGAACUGGAUGUCCCUGGUGAAGUGUGCGCGCUUCCCAGAAGAACAGAAUCUGAUUGCCCUCCAGAGCCAGCGUCAGAUCUUCUAUGAGACCUGUAAGGACGUCCAGCCGAGACAGGGAGCUGGCUGGUCUGGUUACGGGGACUGUUAUGUCCAGUUCCUGGGUAUCCCCCUCACCCUGAAGAACUCGCUUGAGGACUCCUAUGCUCUCCCUAUUUCAGAUCUUGGAGAAGGUUUCAAGUGCGAUCGAUGUGGGAAAGUCUUCGCGUACAAAUAUUACAGAGACAAGCAUCUGAAGUAUACACGAUGCGUGGAUCAGGGGACCGGAAGUUUCCUUGGUAAUCUCUGCAACAGGUCCUUUGAGAAGAGAGACCGAUUACGCAUUCACAUCUUACACGUUCACGAGAAACACAGGCCACACAAGUGUUCGGUGUGCGGAAAGAGUUUCUCUCAGUCGUCCAGUCUAAAUAAACACAUGCGCGUGCACUCCGGAGAGCGACCGUACAAGUGUGUCUACUGUAAUAAGGCUUUCACAGCUUCCAGUAUUCUGCGCACGCAUAUUCGCCAGCACUCUGGAGAGCGGCCUUUCAAGUGCAAGCACUGCGGAAAGGCCUUCGCAUCGCACGCCGCACACGACAGCCACGUCAGGCGUACCCACACCAAGGACAAGCCGUCUCCAUGUGACGUUUGUGGGAGCACCUUUCCAGAUGUAGAAGAACUCAAGCACCACAUGAAGAAUCAUACAAGGCAGGAUCACGGUGUGGCUGGGGCCUGGUGGGAGGAUGUGACACGCCGGCGCCCUGCCAGCGUCACCGGAGCCCAGACCAGCUCCGAUGAUGAUGUCUGA